AUGAAUGGGUGGGAGAAACCUAUCUCUGAGUUGCACGGGAUGCUGAAAACUCCAAAAAAGAAUAUCCCAAGUAAAACUCCCCAAGUGCUCAUGAUUAGGGAAGGAAAAGUCAAGAAGACCAAAGGCAAGAACUUCAAGGGAAAGCCACAAGCUGGCAAGGGCAAAGGAAAGAAAGCUUCCCAAAACCCACCACCUAAAAAGAAGGAAAAGGUUGCCAAAGAUGACACAUGCUUUAAGUUUGGAGUUGUCAGGAAUUGGAAAAGGAAUUGUCCUAAGUACCUUGCAGAGUCGAAGAACAAGAAGGCCGAGGAAGGCCCUUCAGGUACAUCCAUUUUCAUGAUUGAAAUGGGAUUAUUUACUUUUUCAUCAAGCACUUGGGCAUUAGAUACUGGUUGUGGAACUUAUAUUUGUAAUUGGUUACAAGGGUUCAUAAAGAGUAGGGAACUGAAGACAGAUGAGAUGGUAUUGCAUGUGGGCAAUGGAGCAGGGUUACAGUCCAAGCAAUAG